UGGAGAUCAUAAAUUGAAGUUCAUUAUAUCAAUAUUUACCCUGUAUAAUGCUUGGUCUUAGAGCUUUUCAAACAGUGAAAACUAGUCACCAUGCAGUGAUCACUCCUCAAAUCACGCGCCUUGCCGUGAGAUCAUAUGCAGCCACCACUAAAAAGAAGAAGCUGCAACAACAAAUGGAUAUCACUCAAAUUCCAUUGAAUAGAAUUCCAGUCUUGGGUGAUUAUUAUGUUCCUCCAAAGGUAUUUGCAGGACCUGUGAGACAAUGGCAUCGUUUGGUGGGUCGUAGACUCACCCAAUUCUUUUUGAACACCUACAACGUUUAUAAGUUCAAAACUGAAACCAGUCUUAAACCAAAGUUUGAUUCAUGGAAAGAUCGUGCUAUUGAUUUAUUCGUUCAUACUAAUAAAGCAUUUGCUGCUGGAAAUGUUAAUGCUGCCAAGGAUUUCUUGGGAUAUGAAGCUUUAAAUACUCUUAAAACAAGAGCUGAAUCCUUACCUAAACUGACCAAAUUACAAUGGGACCUUGUAAAAAUUGUAGAAAACCCAAAAGUCGUUGUCUUUACUGCUAUCCCAGAUACUGAAGGGGUUACUGCAAGAGUUCAAUUUGUUAUGAAGUUGGUUACUGACCAAAAGGUCACUGUUACCACAAGAACUGCCACUGGCCUUGAACCAAACACUACAACCCGUACUGUAACUGAUUAUCUUGUAUAUAGUUUGGAUCCAUUUUCCGAAGAAAUGAUGUUGGUUGGAUCUGUUGAUGUUGCUGAUUUCACUCGUCUGGUCAUGCCUGAAAUGGAUGUGACUGACGUUCAAGCCAUGAAGGCUUUCCAAAUGAAGACUUCUGAUAUUUUCAGACCAAAGAAUUAAGUGGGGAAAGGUUCCUAGAAACUUGUCCACAUAUGUAUAUAGCAACAAUAGACAACUAAAGAGAGUGUGUU